UAUUCGUAUAAAUCUUGACGAUACUAUUGAAACUUUUAUGGAUAGGAUUAGAAUAAAAUUCGAUUGUAUAGGAGUCAGAGAUCUUAUAAUUUCGAAGGUAGAAAUCCCCAAUGAGAGUACAAGCGAAGGAUAUAUUAGAGAUUAUUGGCAAGAACAACUUCCCG